AUGCUGAGGAAUGAUGCACAACAUUGGUGGCAGGGAGUACUCCAACUACUAGGAAGAGAAGCUAUUAACAUCACUUGGGAGGAAUUUUCGGCUGAAUUUCAUAAGAAGUAUUUUCCUCAGUAUUUCUGUACCGCUAAGGAAUUAGAGUUGCUUCAGCUGAGACAAGGGAACAUGACAGUCACUGAAUAUACUCGCAAGUUUGAAGAUUUAUGUCGAUUCUCGAACGUUUGUCAAGGAGCACCAGCUGCAUUCGAGAAAUGGAAGUGCAUCAAGUUCAAAGAAGGACGUAGGGAAGAACUGUUAACUUAUGUGGGCCCAAUGGAAAUCCAGAAUUUUGCGGAAUUACUUAACAAGAGCCAACUGACAGAAGGAUGCAUAAGGAAGCUGGUGGCAGCUCGAACUAACCAAAAGAACCUUUCAUCAAGGGACUUCCAUCGUAACCUCGCCCCUCAAGGAAGAAACUUUAAAGUAACUCGGCAGCUAGAUCUGGGUAAACAAUCGUACUCGACCCAACCAAAACUGAUAUGCGCUGUGUGGGGAAAGAAUUAUGGAGGCAGACAUUGUCUACUGAAAUUUGGAGUUUGUUAUAACUGCGGUAAGUCCAGACACAUAGCCAAAGAAUGUACACGACGAAGGGCCGAACUUGUUUCCCCUGGAUAG